AUGCAUCGACUCAUCAACAGGGGCGGUCCUACAUUGGGGGCAAUUGCCCCCACAACAAAAAAAAAAUCAUUAAAAAUUAUAAAAUUUUUUUGCCCCCUCUUCGGAAAAUUCUUGGGUCCGCCCACUGCUCAUCAAGCUUGUGGUCUUCGGUCUGACUUGGAACAAUCCCUCAAGGACAAUGCAUCAUUGUUUGUGAAGAUCGCAAGAGAAGAUAAACUGAAUGCUGGGAAUAGAUCUGUUGUGAAUAAGUUUGAAUCUGAGCUCACACAAGACAUUAAAUCUCUCAGCAAAAUCAACAACUUGAAUGCAUUGAAAACUGUCAAUGACUUGAAAAAGAAAGUUUGUGGUUCAAAAGCAUUGUAUGUUUCUCACCUUGAGGCACUGCAAAAUGUUGUGGUUUUACAUAAAGCAUACUCUAAUGCAAAUUUGGAGGAGGUUUUAUCUUUGACUUCAUCUAAUGCUUUUUGUGUUGAAAAAUUAUUAGCUGAAGAAGCAUCUGAAGGACUUUCUAUCUUUGAUGAACUUCACGGCUCUUUAUCAACUCAACAAGGAGAAACGGCACAUUUUGCUAGAGAGCUUCGACAGAGAUUUAAUGUCAGUUUUGGACAUACUACGGAUAUAUCCAACUUCAUCAACGAAUUCUUUGAUAAGUUAAUUUCAGAAAGCAUACGAGAAGUCAACUCCCUUGUCACACGUGGAUUUGAUAGUAAUGAACAGCAUGAUGCUGAGAUUAGUUCUUUAAGGGCCACUGCUGAACAUGAUGUCCUGGAGAACAGUGAGAAUAUUUCAACGCAGUUUAAUGGGUGGUGGUAA